CUUCCUCGUCAACUAAAUUUCUUCAUUCUUCACUUCAUAAUAUCAACUUCAUUCUAAACAAUUAGAAAGAACAAAUUAUACAUGUUUCCACAAAAAUAAAGAAUAUUAGUUGUUUAAGAAAGAUAUAUUAUUUAGAAUAUUAAAUAUAGCGGGAAAGUAAUUAUAUGUGUGUGGGCGGGUACCCAUGGGGCGGGUUUACCUAAACCCAAAUCCAACCCGACACGAUGAAUAAUAUAGCGGGUUUAAACUCGAACCCGGCCCAAAACCCGUCAACACGGGUUUUACCCGCAUUGACCGAGUUGGGUCGGGUGGGUACCCGUAGGUUCAGGUUUUUGUUACCAUCCCUAUCCACUACCGAACCCUCGGAAAAGAAAUAAUGGACCGCCGGCAACGAAGAACCGAUCGCCAGUCAAUAAUCUGCACGCACAAGCUUCUCCAUUAGUAGUCUUUUUAUUCCGCCUCCAGGUUUCCCGGUGAGGUGGCGAUUUAAUUUUUUAUUUGUUUUCAACCAUUUCAGAACCAUAAUUUCGUUAUCUAUCUGAUAACAACGCAGUUAGACCGCGGAGAAUGUUGUCAAAGUUCCAAAUUGCUGUCGAUAACGCGAGGAAAUUGUUUUUUGGGGCCAAUAAAACGCAGGGCUCCUCGUCGCCUUUUACCCAGUGUAGUAGCUUGAGCAGCAGCGCCGAUAUGGUGGAGCACCAGUUUUCGUCUUCUAAAGUUCAAGCUCUUUACGAGCUAUGCAAGUCCACUUUCUCUCCGUCCGGCCUUCCUCCGUCUUCGUCGGCCGCCGUCCAAAAGAUUUCCUCUCUUUUGGGUAUUCCUUUCUCGCCUUCUUUCUUUACCUCUUUCUUAUGAGUUCCUUCCUUUUUGCUCAAUCCUCGUUGUUGGUCCUAAAUUGGCAGAUUUUUUGUGUGCUUGAUCAAGUUCGUGGCAAUUCCUGAAAUGGGUUUUUGAAUUUUUGCUUCGUUUUGAAGCUCAGUGUGAAACUGUAUCCCCAAUGCAUAAAUUUGCUCUUCAGAAUUCUUUUGUCAUUUCCACUUGUAUUGGUUCUCAAAGUCUUUAUUUUCUACUCCUAUGGUUUAUGCUUCUUGCUGUUAAUUCAAUUCAUGAGUUCCGUUCCUGAACAAUGAACAAUUUCUUGGAAUUGAAGUUGAAAUGCCUCAUCUUGCCAACUCUUUUGUCUUAAUUACUGACCCUAAUUCCCUAUGAAAUCUGUAGACUCGAUUGGCCCAGCUGAUGUGGGACUGAAAGAGGAAACUUCAGAUGAUGAUCGAGGACAUGGCAUGUUCGGGCUUCAACGUCUCAGUAGGGUUGCUAAGUGGUCUCAACCAAUAACAUACAUAGACGUUUACGAAUGUGAUAGUUUUACGAUGUGUAUAUUCUGCUUUCCUACCUCCUCUGUUAUUCCACUUCAUGAUCACCCUGGCAUGACUGUGUUCAGCAAAGUUCUCUAUGGCUCCCUCCAUGUCAAAGCUUAUGACUGGGUUGAGCCAGCUGUUCUCUCGAAAACCAAGGAAAUGCUCGCAAAGUUUGCUGUUGACAAAGUUCUGACUGCCCCUUGUGUAACAUCAGUCUUAUAUCCGAAUGCUGGGGGGAAUCUGCAUUGCUUCACUGCGUUAACCUCUUGUGCAGUCCUCGAUAUUCUCACACCUACUUACAACGAACAAGCUGGAAGAAAGUGCACAUAUUACCACGACUACCCAGACUCCAAAUUGUCAGCAAGUGGAGUUGAGGUAAAAGAUGGAGGAACAGAGGAAUAUGCGUGGCUUUCAGAGAUAGAGACACCAGAGGAUCUCUAUAUGCGCCCUGGACAAUACACCGGCCCUGCUAUUCGUGAGUAGUUAGACAUUUGUAGUUAUGAAUAGAUUCGUUCUCUUAAUGUUCAUGGUUUCUAAGGUAGCACGAUUGCUUUCCAUAGAACCUACUAUACAAGGUAACUGAGUCUUCACUUGUGCUGUUUCGGAUGCAUCUGCCAAGCAGAAGAUUGCUCCUUGUAUGGAAGUGAGCUAUGUUGAUUGAAACAGGCAGUUUCUGCUUGUUUUCUCGUAGUACUAUAGCAUAUAGAAUGACAAACCAUACCCAAAACUCUUCUAGUUUAUGAAUGUUUGUUGGGUAUCCUAUCGGGAGAGUCAACCAAAUUGUAACGGUUGGGAUCCUCGACUCAUUAAUAGCCUAACUCAGUCCCCUACCGACUACCGAAGAAGCUGUAUCCGGGAACCUACUUCGGUGGUUCGCCACCAAUAUCUUGGCAGAACUCUCUGCCGUUGCCAGAGGGAGGCUGCAGGUUGCGCGGAGGAGUUGGGAAUUGUUCAGUUUGGACUUCGCGGCGGAAGCACUUGAUCUGGAUAACCAGAUAACCAGCAAGUUCUCGGGAUAGAAUAGAUGGCCAAAAUUGCU